AUGGCUUGGACAAAGACCAUUGCCUAUACACUGGCCACCUGCUCGCUCUGGCUUCCCGCCAACGCCGACAAUGUCUGGCCAAAUGAAGCAACUGACGAGCUUGAGAAGAUGUUGUUCGAACAGCAGAACCCUUUCGAAGGCAGUCUUGCCACCUUUGCUGUCCCCUGCAGUGCCAGUGGCCUCGCCAUCGGACGUGGUUUUGGUGCUGAGUGGAUCAGAAACGCAUACCAUGACAUGGCCACGGCAGACGUGCAAGCUGGCACUGGAGGAAUAGAUGCCUCAAUUGUCUUCGAAAAGGAUCGCCCAGAGAAUCCCGGCAGCGGCUUCCAAGAGACAUUAGACUUUUUCCGUCCAAGAUACACCACCCGAUCCUCGUUAUCUGACCUUUUCGCCAUGGGCGCGGUCUUUGGAGUUGGCGGAUGCUCAAAUGGAAAUAUCAUCCUCCCCUACAGGGCGGGUCGUGUUGAUGCAACCGGCCCUGGCCCUUCUGGUGUUCCAGAACCACAGGAAGACCUUGCCACACACACUGCAAAGUUUGUGAGACAGGGUUUCAACACGACCGAGAUGAUUGCCCUUGUUGCCUGUGGGCAUACCGUUGGAGGUGUGCAUGGUGUGGAUUUUCCAGAAAUCGUGCCGAACCCACAGCCCCCUCCAGUUACUGGCCCUUUCGGUAAUGACAAUACCGUCUUUUUUGAUACGACGACAAGCAAUUUCGACAACCAGGUUGCCAAGGAAUUUGUGGCCAACAUUUCUCAGAAUCCCCUUGCAUUUGGCCAUAAUGAGACAACGCGGUCGGAUUUCCGCAUUUUCAACGCCGACGGCGGUGAUAUGAUCUCACGAAUGGCUGAAUCACAAGAAUUCUUCUCCCAGACCUGCGCUACUCUAUUCGAACGUAUGAUCAAUACGGUGCCACCAAAUGUCAAGCUAACUGAUGCUCUUCAACCCCUGCCCGUUAAGCCAAGAAAGUGGUCUAUAGAUGUCAAUGCGGAUAAGACGCUGACAGUCAGUCUAACUUUAAGAAUCGUCGACACUCUAUUAGGAGGUGGUAUCCAGGCCCUGGUCAAGCCAGUCUCACGCGCCGGUGCGGCUUUGCCUGUCGCAUCACCUGUCGUCAUUGGAAACAUUUCUACUUCAAUCUGUGAUUAUCCCAACUGCGGCCCAAGCUUUGUGUAUCUUGAUUACAGCAUCAAUAUCCCUGCUGAGCAAGGCAUAUCCUCUUUCACUGUUGACGUUACAGACGGCAGUGGAAAGACUACGACCUUUAACAAUGGAGGUGCCGGAUUCCCUCUGUCUGAUGCCAUUCAGCCACAGAUGAGUCUCAGCACACAAACUACGAAAACUGUCAACGGUGUCACUCUUCAACAGCUCAAUGUGACUGCAGCGGUCUACAACGCUGAUCAGUAUACUAACAUCUCGCUUAUCGUUCCUCAGCCUUCGAACUUUAGUGCUACCAUCAGCCCGUGGGUUGCGGAGGUGGCCCCCAUGAAGGCUUCCGGCAAGAUUGCAGGGACCAACUUCACUCUCUAUACUGGCUCGUGGUUGGCCAGUGACGCGGGUGCCCCUCAACAUCCUUUCGAUGUCCUCGCCACAGGUCCAAAGGGCAGUGCUUCGAGCACAUUCAACUCGUGGGGUGACGUGCCAUUUGUUCUCUAA